AAAUCAGGGAGUGCAAGUAAUUUGUUGAGUGUUUAAAUUAUCAAUGUAAAGAGUGCUUCAAGGACGAAUCGUUGUUGUUGCUGUUUUAGUAGACGCGUGAGGAGGUCUAUAUGAUUGUGACGUCAUUAUUGGGAGUGACCUCUUGUAGUCUGUAUGACAGGCCAACCACGAUUCAGAUAGUUGUCACUUUUAUAAAUUGUGUCUAGCUGAAUGGUACGUCUCAAAUCAUACAACCAUACCACCAAGAUUAGGUCUUCCUAAGGAUUGGUUUCAUAACAGGGAGCUAUUGGGAGUUAAUAUAACACAUUGUUUACAGUUUCAAGUAUCUGUGGUUUUUAAAGUACUUAACCAAAGUUUUAUUCAUCUUUCUUCAAAAAGUUUUUCUAUUUUCACCAUGGCAUUACUUGGCUUGUCAUUGUUGGCCUUUACAUUCUUCUGCGGUUCAGAUGGACUAUUCGACWCAGGUGAGMAGUGCAGACCGCAUCCAACCCUAGUCUCUAUUGACCGACCYAACUAUCARUUCUACCCGUACAUCAUUAAACUACACCGUUGUGGGGGUUCAUGUGGACAUGCCCCACCUACUAUCCAGAAGUGUGUGGUACUAGAAGCAAAGAACGUUACAAGGCACGUGUUUGAUGUUAGAGGCAACAAAAUGAAACUCAUGACAUUACUGAAUCACACCAGAUGCGGUUGUGAGUGUGUGACUAAACCAAGUGACUGUUCAAAAGCACAAGUUUAUAACAAAGAUUCGUGUGAGUGUAGAUGCAAAUACCAUAAUACACCCCCUGAGCCUUGUCCUGYUGGAUUCCGUUGGAGCGGAACAGAGUGCGCAUGUGUGUGCCAUAAGCCUCCARAAGUGUGCCCCGUUGRGAAGGUAAGAGAUAACAAAAAAUCGAAAAACAUAAUUAAAUGUCUGAUAUCGACUCAUUUAUCUCACCGAAUCUUUCACACUAAGUUCAGUAUAACUUUCAAUUCAUCUAUUUUUUAUUUCCAGAUUUGGGAUUCAAGACAAUGCGGAUGUUCUUGUACACGUGAUAAGAUAGCCCAGUGUAAAAGCCUCGGCCUCAGAGUAAACGACAAGUGUAAAUGCACGGAUGUUGAAGUAGGCGCAAAUACAGGCGAAAAGCCACAAGACAAUCCAAAAUUCUCUAAGUUUACUUUCUUCUUGAUGGCUGGCGAAUUUCUCCUGUUGUGCAUCAUAUUUGACGCUAUUUUAUGCCGAUGGAAAGCUGGAUUCACAUACAGUAUCAUUCAGAGAUUGAAAUGCAAAGGAAGUUCAAAAGAUGUAAAAGCAGUAGAAACUAACAUAGGAAAAGACAAUGCUACAGAAUUUUCUUCGGUCUCGACAAAGGAGUGUGCUGAGCAGGUGUAAUGAAAGGCGUUUGUUUUCUAACGUAUCAACGAUGC